AUGACUGCUCCGAUAAACGUUUUGUCGUCCAGAAGGACAGUUUUGCUAGCAGUAUUGGCUAAGCACGAACAAUUUUUGGCAGAAUUUGACCCGGAACGGGAUGCAAUCGAAAUCAACAUUCGCAUUGCAAAGGUCCAGAAGCUUUCCGUUGAUUUGGAAGCAAUUCAGGCCAAAUUGGAAGAUGCGGCGGCCACCGAGGAAGUGAUAAGUCACAAUGCCGCGUUACGAGACGAUUUUGGCUCGCGUUUGAUACGCCUUGAAGCCCAUUUGAAGGCUAAACGGGUGCACGCUCCGCGAUCCGCAAGCACAACACCAAACACUAACCCGUUGGCAGAUAGUGCCUCCCAGCCAGAUUUGAUGAGUAGCCGUUUUGCUAACCGGCUAGGUAUCAAAUCGGGCACGGUCGAUAUCACGCUGAUUGGUGCUGGUCAAUCGUCCACCCCGGUGCGGAAAUCGAUGCGCACCACGGUAUCAUCCAGAGCGAGCCCUUAUGCGAUUAACGUUGAGUUUUUGAUAAUCGAGAAGCUUAUUGCUGACCUGCCCGCACAUGAUGUGCCCACCAGCGGCUGGAAAUUACCGCCACAUAUCAUAUUCGCCGACCCCCAUUUCGAGAAGUCGGCACCGAUCGACAUUAUUCUCGGUGCCCGGCACUAUCACACGUUCUUUGUAAGCGGGGCGCAAUAUAAAAUGUCAUCGAAUCUACCAGUCCUGAUGGAGAGCGUAUUUGGCUGGGUCGUGAGUGGAUCAGCAUCUACCUCUCAGCCAGCAACAUCCAAUACUUUUCACACUUCAUCCGUGGUGUGUAUGGUUUCACUAGAAGAAUCAAUAGAGCGUUUCUGGAAAGUAGAAGAACUACAGGUUAACGAUGGCUAUUCUCCUGAGGAUCGCAAAUGUGAGCAAUUUUACAAGGAUACAACACAGCGAGAUGAAGCUGGUCGUUAUAUGGUAUGCUUACCUAAACAAGCAGACUUCGAUGUUAAGCUUGGCCUUUCGAAGGCAGCAGCAUUAAGGCGGUUUAGUUUGUUAGAAAGGAGGUUUGAACGAGAUGCAAACGUAAAAGCGGCGUACCAUGAUUUCAUGCGUGAGUAUCUGGAGCUUGGGCACAUGUCACGCAUAAAAAAUCCCUCCGACGACGAACCCGCGUAUUAUCUGCCUCACCAUCCCGUGUUCAAAGCCGCUAGCUCCACAACAAAGGUUCGCGUGGUAUUUGAUGGUUCAGCUAAGACGUCCACCGGCUUUUCGCUAAACGAGGCGUUAUGCGUCGGCCCUGUCGUGCAGGACGAUCUGCUCGACAUAAUUUUGCGCUUCCGCACAUAUAAGGUAGCCGUUGUUGGAGAUAUUGCGAAAAUGUAUCGACAAGUAUUGCUCCAUCCUAUCGACCGGAAAUUUGUACGCAUUUGCUUUCGAUUUUCGCCUCACUCGCCAAUCGAAUAUUUUGAGCUGAAUACGGUUACUUAUGGCUUAGCCCCCUCAUCAUUCUUGGCAACCAGAACAUUGCUGUAG